AUGGCCUCGCUCCGUCAGGACGAUAACUUUGCUGCCAGUCCAUAUAUCGCAGCCAACGAGCCCUACAAUGCUGCUGUCGCAGAGGACUAUGACGAUCGCCCACCACGAACCACCACAAAUCAGAAUCAACAUUCGCCAAACUAUGAUAUCGCGGCUGGACGACGACCUAUAACCAAAUAUACAACUCAGCCUUCUUCCACCGUAUCUCCUAGCAUCGACCGCACAGUAUCCCUGGCAGGCAGUGGUACCACCACAAGCUCACGUAGUAGCCUCACGAGGACUACUACCAACAGUACUACCGGUGCUGCUGCUUCCUCCGUCAUACCGCCACGAACAUCUGCUUCCAUGGGCGGUGCUGCUAACCCCUCUCAAGAAAAGUGGCAAGCAGUUACUGAAGAAAACCUAGACACGGAAAAGACCUACACUGUGAAAACCGCCUUUUCCAAAACCAGCGACGAUGAAGUAAACCUCAAGGUAGCUGAUAAAGUAACUAUAUCAAUAUCAAUGGGCGGGAACAUGGUCUGGGGAACAAAUCAAGUAACUGGUGCUGAAGGGCUGUUUCCCGUGUCUUGUCUUGUCUAUAUACCAGAGAGACCGCUCCCUGCCAAAUUCCCUAUAUUCGAAUCUCCCACUAGGUCAUUGCCAACCUCAACCAUCUCAUCGUUUACGAAUCAGUCACCCAUAGCACCAACUGCCCCAAUAAUACAGCCUAGUAGUAAUAGUUAUAGUAGCAAUAGUUAUAGCCGACCUGCUUCUGUUAAUUAUACUAAUAGUCGCAGCGGUAGUAGCAGUAAUAGUCCUACUACUCCCACCGGUGCCAGUAACGGUAACGCUUCAACUUCAACUCCCCAGAGCAACGAAUUCAAAGCUGGCCGUUAUGUUGCCAUACGGAGCUACAACCCACCACCAGGCAACGAUCUAGAAGUACCAUUAACGAUUGGCGACGAGGUAGAAAUAUCCGAAGUAUUCGACGAAGAACUCGCUAUAGGCCUCCAUCUCAGAAUGCAAAUGCAGGGCUGCUUUAAACGGUCAUGUCUCAAACGGCUAGAUGCUCAAAUACCGAUAAACCCAAUACCAAUCAAGGUAUCAUCGCAUAGACCAACUCUGGCUCAAAUCGUGCAGUCGGCCGUGGAAAUGGGUACUGUACAGGACUUUGAUGUGAAUGCGUUUUCGAAUACGACGACUGUGCCUACUCGAGUGCAGUCGGCUCGUCGGGAAGCGGUGCCUACACUGACGGAUGUCAUUAUUCCUGAUGUGGCAAGGACGUAUGAGCAGUGGCGGGCUGCUAUGGAGGCUCAGAAGGGAAAUGGGGGAGGGAAUCUGAACGAUAUGAACUACCUCAACCUCCUCGAAGGUAUGACGCAAAACAUGGCCCACCGCAACCAAGGCAAUCGCGAAGAACAGGAAGCCGAACUCCGCAGAAUGAUCAAUCCACCAAUGAGAACUGCAUCCGCUAUGGUCCCUAAACGGCAAUUAUCCGCUAGUCUCGCAAACCAUCCCUUCCCACAAGCGCACAUCCCGCCACGGACAUUCCCUGUGACUGCAUCUGGAUCCAUUCCGCAACCUCAUGGCCUUAUAAUCAGUGACGAUGAAGCUGUCGACCGUGUCAUAUUGCAGAGUCGACAGGAGCAGCAAAAGGAGCAGGAGAAGGCUGUUAUGAUUGUUAAUGAGCUGAUUGAGACGGAGAAGAAUUAUCGGGAUGGGCUUAAAGUGCUUAAUGAUCGAAUCGUUGGAACAAUGAUAGCAGUCGCAGGCACUCAAAAUGAAAUCCUGAGUCGAGAAGAACUGGAUCGAUACUUUCGUAAUGUGCCAGAUCUCUUACAACUAACUACUGAAAUCUGUGAGAAACUGGAUGCUGCACGAGAAACGCAUCCUGAAGAUCCAGUCUCUGUUGCGAACGUGUUUCUGCAAUAUACUCCUGAAAUGUCAGCCCUGUAUCCACUAUACGCCAAGAGCUUUGCUAUGAUUAGGAAUCUGUUCGAUGAACUGAGGGUGCGAGGUGGUGCUCGAGGAGAGCUGUUUAGAGAGUUCUUGGCUGCGUAUGAAAACCAAAAGAUAUGGCAACGGCAAGAUUUCUUGCAUUUUAUUGUGCUGCCUAUUCGGCGUAUUCCAUCCAUGUGGUUGAUAUUUGAACGUUUGGUUGGUAAAUGUGAUCCUCAUCAUCCCUCAUAUCGUUGUAUACCUGCUACCGAAGACUACCUGUACGAACUUGGAGCAGUACUAAACAAAGUACAAAAGGACGAAGCAGCUGCUUUAGCUAUGGCGACUAUGGCCAAGCAAGUUGAUAACUUGCCUUCACAAGCCUCUGACUCAACAAUACAUCGAUUUGUAUCCACGUACGACGCACUGGAUACAACAGCCAAACGCGCACCCAAGAACCUAAGAUUGUUCCUCCUCUCCGAUGCUCUCAUAGUAUGCAGUGUUAAUCCACUUAGACGUGGCAAGGAGCACGACAUCGAGAAAAAGUAUACGUUUCUGUAUUCGCUGGAUGUGAAGAAGAUAAUGCUUGAUGAGUCUGUUGAUGAACAAGACAUAGUACGACUCGUCCCAACCGUCCCGCCCACAGCAUCCUCUACCCGCACAUCAGGUGCAGCAUCGCGGUGGUCGGCAUCAUCAACAUCUGUUGCUCCACCCAAUCCAGACGGCUCGCUGUCGCUCGUAUCGCUGUCAGAAGCGCUUACUCUUAAAGUGUUGGUUAAUAUGCAGCAGCCGGGUGCGCCACGGGACUUUGCGAAGGAUUUGCAGGAGUUGUGGAGUGGUGCUACGUCGUCGGGGCCUAAUAUGUUGUAUUGA